UGCUUUUGUGGGAAAACGAGUCGAGAAUUUAUCUGCGGUAGUGCAGAAUCUGGAAUUCUCAAUCUCGAUCAAUAUUCGCCACGUUCGGAAAACACUUGUGGGCCUGAAUAUGUCGGCAAGGCCUUUUGCUGUGGUGUUGUUUGUGCUCUCGAACUAGACUGUGGCCACCACACCUGCCAAAGAUCCUGCCAUGCUGGCAGCUGCUCGCCAUGUGUUCUUACUCCCGAACGCUGUUUUACAUGCCCGUGCGGUCAGACCGAGCUUAGUAAACUAGUGACUCAAAAGGGGACAGAAAGGCAUGCACAGAUCGUAUACCCACCUGCCCGAACCCUUGUGCUCGCCUUCACCCGGUCUGCGGACAUACUUGUCCGUCACUAUGCCAUAACGGAGAUUGCCCACCCUGUACCCUUAAAACUACUGUCCAAUGCCGCUGUAAACGUACAACUAAGGUGCUAA